AUGAUGGACAUGGAGAUGACAAAUAGCUCAGUGCCUGUCUGUAGACAGAGUCUAUUCAUCCACACAGGAAAUCCACUUACCCGAGACCACCCAUUGUCUUGUGAGAGAUUGCUCCAUGUUGGUCAGCUGAAUUUAACACACACGGAUACAAGGUCUCCCAGGUUUCAGGACUCGGUAGAUUCUCCCACUUCGUGCAUGAAUGGAAGUCACCCCGCUCAGCACAUUAAGCAAGAGUGCCCAAGUGAUUAUAAGGUCCUAUCGGAGGCUGCAGCACAUAGGAGGAUUACCGAGGGGAUGGAGCUCAGAGGCUCUGGUAGUCUGCAUCCUGAACUAGACCUAAUGAAUAAUAGCUUGACAAAUUCACUUUCUUCCUACUUGUUUAAUAAUGAACAUAGCUCCUCCCUGGGUCCAUUGUCACUUGGCAGCCCUCAGCACUCAGCCCGGCUCCAAUCAAGCAACCUGAAGAAGAGAUGCAUCUCUGUUGUGCCGACUUCAGCUGAAGGAAUUGAUAUUACAGCUAUCAUCCAUACGUCGCAGACGUCAUUGGUCACCUGCGUGAACGGGCUGCGGACUAAUUCAGCUGGCAUUUCCUUUCAUCCCGUGGAGAUCAGUCACCACAGUGCUCAGAAAUCCUCUCGCCCCCAGUCCUGCUCUCAGCCUGGGAACCCGUGCAGCGUUCCCUCCCCGCCAGCAUGUCUAGUAUCUAUUUCCACUGAAUGUGACAGAGGUGACUGUGAUCAGCUACAAAUGCAGCAAACAGAGGAAAAUGCAAGCCUCAGCCUCAUGAUGAAUGGCACCAGCAUUCCUCAGCAAGAUGUCUCCUCGCACGGCAGCCAGAAGGUGAGUUUCCUAAAGCAAGAACCGGCCGACGAUUACUCCUCCACGACAGACCUCUUUCGGCACCACCAGGGCCUGCCGCCACCGUAUCACUUGCACCAGCAGCUAAGCCAGGCUCAAGGGACGCUGCCUCAUUUGCACGGCUCCAUGUCUCCCAAGUCCCUUCAACCCAGCGAAGGGGACGAACAAGAGGUCAGCAACGGCAAACAGGUCUGUCGGUGGAUUGACUGCAAUGCCACGUACGACCAACAAGACGAACUGGUCAGACACAUAGAAAAGACGCACAUUGACCAGCGGAAAGGAGAGGACUUCACUUGCUUCUGGGCUGGCUGCGUCCGUCGGUAUAAGCCUUUCAAUGCUCGCUACAAACUGCUGAUUCAUAUGAGGGUUCAUUCUGGAGAAAAACCAAACAAGUGCAUGUUUGAAGGGUGCAACAAGGCAUUUUCUAGGCUUGAAAACCUUAAGAUUCACCUGCGGAGUCAUACUGGGGAGAAACCCUACCUGUGUCAGCAUCCUGGCUGCCAGAAAGCUUUCAGUAACUCCAGCGAUCGAGCAAAGCACCAGCGAACACACCUGGACACUAAACCAUAUGCCUGUCAGAUUCCUGGGUGCUCCAAACGCUACACGGAUCCAAGUUCCCUGCGCAAACAUGUGAAAGCUCACUCUGCCAAAGAACAACAGGUGCGUAAGAAGCUACAUUCAUGUACUGAUAUCGAACAAGAUGUACUAAGUGAAUGCUUAGCUAUGCAGCAACUCCACACAUCUUCACAACACAUUUUGGAUGGGAAAUGUGGGCGAUCUGUAGGUCACCAUGACUUAAUAGCAGGCAUGUACACUGGUUCCAGCGCCAACCAUAACGGACCAGCGCCAAGUCUCCUGUCACCUAACAAUGAGAUACCCUCAAGACACCAUCCACUGGAAUCCGCCCUCACCAGUCCACCCCAUCAGCCACCUUUGGAGAGCGCCAGGGAAGGGCUCACUUCAAAUAUUAUUUCACCUCUUGUCGGUCCUCUGAAAACACUAGUUCCACCUUCCCUCCUGCAGAAACAUGGUUCACCUGCGUCACACAGCCAGUCCCCGAAUGCGCAGCAGUUUUCAGGAAUACCGAACAAACCGUAUGCUCAGUUUCAAAACCAAUCCGUACAGCAGGGACCUCAAGGUUACCAAGGCAGCUUUCACUCAAUACAAAACUGUUUCCACUACGGAGACUGCUACAGAACAAUGGAGCAGUCUGUCACCAGCGAAGUGCUGACGGGGGAAUCCCAUUGCUUUAAUCCUCUGAGGCAGAAUGGCUAUCACAUACUCAAUGCACCUUUAGCUUCAACAGGCUACGAUGCCAUUUCUGAAGCGCAAUGCGUGUCUGAAGAAGGAGUCAACAGCGGGCCAGAAGAAAACGGAUUUUUCCCAAACGGUGCCUUUGAUCAUUGUUUGAAUCAUAUUCCUUCCAUCUAUACAGAUACUUAAGAGCAGAUGUAUUCUGACUUUCCUGUAUUCUACCUAUGCCUGUAUAUGUAUUAACAAAAUGUUGUUCAAGUACUUUUAUUUAGUCUGUAUCCUUAUAUGCGCUCAUUUAAACAAACACCUCACAUUUACCAACCCAUUUUAUACAUGAAUAUACUGUAUGAGGUAAUUAUUGGAACCUGUUCCCUUGCUGUGGCACUUUGAAAGUCAUGCUUUACGAGAAUGAGGAGCAUUUGAGACAGCUUGUUUUGUAAGUUCUCCUAGUAAAAUGUAAAUGUAAGUUAUAUAAUAAACUUGUAAAGAUUUUUUUUUUUUCCCUGAAAAGUAUGUUUUCCAUUUGAGAAUGUUGGUCCCUUUAAAUCAGUUUUCGGGAAAAUCAUUGGACAUUUUUUG